AUGACGACUCUUAAGCCCGGUGACACGUUCCCCAGUGAUGUGGUAUUCCAAUAUAUUCCGUGGAGCGAGGAAAGCGGGGAUAUAACGGCCUGUGGCAUUCCCAUCAACUACAAUGCUUCCGAGCAGUGGGCAGACAAGAAAGUAGUCUUGUUUUCGGUUCCAGGCGCCUUCACCCCCACCUGCUCCGUCAACCACAUGCCUGGCUACAUCAAGAAUUUGCCCCAGCUACGCGAGAAGGGAGUCGAUAUUGUUGCAGUGGUGGCGUUCAAUGACCCUUUUGUCAUGAGUGCAUGGAGCAAGGCCAACCAAGUGCGCAAGGAUGAAAUCGUGAGCACACCCCAAUCCCUGAGGACCGCUGGGCGUGAGAAGCAAAUAAAUAUGCAAAUGGCUAAAUAUGGACAGCUCUUCCUCUCGGAUCCCGAUGCUAAGUUCUCCAAAAGCAUUGGAUGGGCAGAUGCGGCAUCUGGCCGCACCGGCCGGUAUGCGAUCGUCAUCGACCACGGCAAGGUCAGCUAUGCCCAGAUCGAGACCGAACGGGGCGCUGUCAAGGUAAUAUUCACCCCACCCCUCAGCCAAAAAACGGACAUAGUUAACGCGACCGGGUCACAGAAAUCCGGUGCCGAUGCAGUACUUGCAUCCUUGUAG